GAUGCUAUGACCUGGUGCUUGGUUUCGGCGUCACGCUACAUCUGGACCGGCGGUGCAUGAAGCUCAUAACAUUGUGUCAAGUGGUUACAGAUAGAAGAAACCGACAAGUAACCCCAUUUGAGGGAACAACUGACUGAAGGGUUUGGAGGUAAAACACAUAAUUUUCCUCUCAAAAAUAUAAGCAAAUCUGGAAUGAUGCUGCGUCUCGUGAAAAAGCGUCUUUCUCCCUCUGGCGGUGUAGCGUGUUGGGCUCGGCUGACAAUCCAGACACCACUGUGUCAUGCACGAAGAGUGAACCUUCCAAGGUUCUGUGAAUAGGAUGAUGGGGUCCUUCAGCCGACAGGAGUUCUUCCAUGAGCUUGUGGAGGGCUGUCUUCUGCCCACCGCUCAGCAGGGCCUGGAGCAGGUCUGGCAGCUUCUGGUCAUCUGCCUUCUAUGCCGACUUCUCUGGAUUCUGGGCCUCCCAUCCUAUGUGAAACACCUGAGCACUGUGGCAGGAGGGUUCUACACCCUGUACCUGUUCUUUGAGCUCCACAUGGUGUGGGUGGUACUGCUCAGUCUACUGUGCUACCUCAUCCUCUUCCUCUGUCGACACUCCAGUAACCGGGCCACCUUCCUAUCCAUCACCAUCCUCAUCUACCUGUUCAUGGGAGAGCUGCAUAUGAUGGACACCACCACCUGGCACAAAAUGAGAGGUUCCCAGAUGGUGGUUGCCAUGAAGGCCAUUUCUCUAGCCUUUGACCUGGAUCGGGGUGUGGUGGCUAAUGUGCCUUCUCCUGUGGAGUUCAUGGGCUAUAUCUACUUUGUUGGGACGAUCAUAUUUGGGCCCUGGAUCAGCUUUAACAGCUACAGAGAGGCUAUAGAGGGCCGCAAACUGAGUUUCUCCUGGAUAUGGAAAGUGUGUGUCAGCUGGGUGAAGAGCCAGCUGUGUCUGAUCACCUCUAACUGUGUUGCUCCCUACCUCUUCCCUUACUUCAUCCCCAUCUACGGAGACGAGCUGCUACGCAACAAAACAAAACGGAAGAUUAGAGCUUCUGUGGCAAGGUGGCUCCUGGCCUAUGAGAAUGCACUCUCAUUCCACUUCAGCAACUACUUUGUGGGUUACCUGAGUGAGACUACCACCACUCUGGCUGGAGCAGGCUUUACUGAGGAGAAAGACAACCUGAAAUGGGAUAUGACGAUUGCCAGGCCCUUGCAUGUGGAGUUUCCCAGGUCUAUGGUGGAGGUGGCCACCUCGUGGAAUCUGCCCAUGUCCAAAUGGCUCCACACCUAUGUUUUUACCAGUGCUCGCAACCUUGGAACCUUUUCAGCCAUCCUAGUGACAUACACAGCCAGUGCACUUCUACAUGGUCUCAGCUUCCACCUGGGUGCAGUGCUACUGUCUCUCGGGUUCAUCACGUAUAUUGAGCAUGUUUUGCGGAAGAGAUUGGCAGCCAUUUUUAAUGCGUGUAUUCUGUCAAAGAAAUGCCAGCCAAACUGCUCUCACAAGAACAAUAAGGUCCUGUGGGUGUACGUCUUUAACGUAGCCUUCAGCACCCUGGCUGUCUUCCACCUGGCAUACCUGGGCUCUCUGUUCAACUCCAGUGUUGACUACAUGGAUGAAAAGAGUGACGUGGCCAACCACACCAUUCAGAAGUGGUCGGAGCUGAGCUGGGCCAGCCACUGGGUGACGUUUGGCUGCUGGGUGCUCUACCGCAUCAUCCUCUAAAUGUGUGUCUGUGAGAGAGAGCGAGCUGGGGAUAGAGACGUGGAGAGAAAUGAACCACCCCUCUGUACAGUAUAGAAACUAUUUUACUCAAGACCAACAUGCAGUGCUCAGGACACCGCCUAAGAGAUUGGGCUAUCUACUUACUGUAACCUGCUGGUGACAAACUAUUUUUGAUACUCUUAAAAUAAUGCCCCACUCUUCAUUAAUCGCUUAAUUUUGUUUUUAAUCACAUUUUCUUUGAGCUGCUGCAUUCGUCCCUUGUGGAAAGACUGAUCAGGAUCUGCUAUCUGACAUCUCACUGUGAUUCUCAAUCGAUACCCACCCUGUCAGCAUGGCAGUGGUCAUUCAUUCACUCUUAUGGACUGCUAAGAACUCGUUUUCAGAAGUGAUUCCAGAAUAUGCCAUUUAAGUAUUGUUUUCCUGUUUCUCUAUAUUAGGCUAUAUAUUUUUCUAAUACAACCUAAUUAGUUAUUACAUCUGUAUAGUAUGUAAAUAAAACCCAGGUUGGAGAUUAA